AUGCCAAAAUCUAAACGAUCUAAGGUCGUCUAUAUGACGCAAGUGAACAAGAAGACACGCGAAGAUAAAGACCGUCUAUUCGAAAACAUCCGAAAAUGCAUUCCCGAGUACCAGCACUGCUUCGUCUUCAGCGUCGACAAUAUGCGCAACACUUACCUCAAAGAUGUGAGACAAGAAUUAUCCGAUAGUCGACUUUUUUUCGGCAAAACCAAGCUGAUGGCACGCGCCCUGGGCCACGGUCCUGAGGACAGCUACGCAGACAACAUCUACCACCUGACCCCUUACCUGCGCGGUACUGUCGGCCUGAUCUUCACAAACCGCACACCUGAUCAACUCCUCCCGUACUUGGCGACACUAUCUCAGGACAAGGUCGACUUCGCCCGCGCCGGCGCCACCGCCCCGCGCGACUUCGUCGUCCCGUACGGCACCAUCUGUGCCACCGGCGGCGAGGUGCCCGCGGAAUACGACGUGCCCAUCGGUCACACCCUCGAGCCCGAGCUGCGUCGGCUCGGCGUGCCCGUGCGCAUGGUCAAGGGCCGCGUUGUCCUCGAAGAGGGCCCCGAGGGCCCCCAGGAGUCUGGUGGGUACGUCGUUUGCCGCGAAGGAGACAUCCUGGACUCGCGGCAGACGAGACUGCUCAAGCUAUUCAGCGUUUGCUUGAGCGAAUUCAAGAUCAAGGUCCUCGCUUAUUGGAGCGCCGCCACCACCCAAGUCACCCCGGUAGAUCCAGAGGCUAUGGAUGGCGUUGAGGAUAUCGAGGGAAGCGAUUAA